GGGAGAGCCUUCGAGUUCCGAUUCCGGGCCUCGGCUCCCGGCACGCCUAGCGGUCACGUGAAGGUUCCGCCUCCGCAUGCCGGCCGCAACGUGGUGGCGGUGUCGGCGGAAGUGAAUAGAGCGGUUCCCGCUGCGGUUUUGGGCAUUAUAAUGUGAAUAGAUUUCUGACAGUCAGACCUGUCUAUGAGAAGUUAGCUGGCAAGGCUGCUUUUUCUGUUCCAAAACUGAAGAGCUGAUCAGCACCAUGAAGGUCUUCUGUGGGCGGGCCAAUCCUGCCACGGGAUCCAUGGAGUGGCUAGAGGAAGACGAGCACUAUGAUUACCACCAGGAGAUUGCAAGAUCAUCCUAUGCUGAUAUGCUGCAUGACAAAGACAGAAAUAUAAAAUAUUACCAAGGUAUCCGGGCUGCUGUGAGCAGGGUGAAGGACAGAGGACAGAAGGCCUUGGUUCUCGACAUUGGCACUGGCACUGGGCUCUUGUCAAUGAUGGCUGUCACAGCAGGUGCUGACUUCUGCUAUGCCAUUGAGGUUUUCAAGCCUAUGGCUGAUGCUGCUGUAAAGAUUGUGGAGAAAAAUGGCUUCAGUGAUAAGAUUAAGGUUAUCAACAAGCAUUCCACUGAGGUGACCAUAGGGCCAGAUGGUGACAUGCCAUGCCGUGCAAACGUCCUGAUCACAGAGCUGUUUGACACAGAACUGAUUGGGGAGGGAGCGCUACCCUCCUAUGAGCAUGCACACAGGCAUCUCAUGCAGGAAAAUUGUGAGGCGGUGCCUCACAGAGCAACCAUCUAUGCGCAGCUGGUGGAAUCCAGAAGGAUGUGGUCGUGGAAUAAGCUGUUUCCCAUCCGUGUCCAGACCAGCCACGGAGAGCAGGUCAUCAUUCCUCCCGUUGAACUGGAGAGGUGCCCUGGCGCGCCGUCCGUCUGUGACAUUCAGCUGAACCAGGUGUCGCCCUGUGACUUCACUGUCCUCAGUGAUGUGCUGCCUAUGCUCAGUGUGGACUUCAGUAAGCAAGUCAGUAGCUCAGCAGCCUGCCAUAGCAAGAAGUUUGAACCUCUGGCAUCUGGACGAGCUCAGGUGGUUCUCUCGUGGUGGGACAUUGAAAUGGACCCUGAGGGGAAGAUCAGGUGCACCAUGGCCCCCUUCUGGGCACACUCAAACCCAGAGGAGCUCCAGUGGCGGGACCAUUGGAUGCAGUGUGUAUACUUCCUGCCACAAGAGGAGCCUGUCAUCCAGGGCUUAGCCCUCUGCCUGGUAGCCCACCACGAUGACUACUGUGUGUGGUACAGCCUUCAGAAAGCCAGCUUUGAAAGGAAUGAGAGCGUCCACCCAGCACGCCCUGUGUGUGACUGCCAGGCUCACCUCCUCUGGAACCGGCCUCGGUUUGGAGAGCUCAAUGAUCAGGACAGAACUGAUCAAUACGCCCAGGCCCUGAAGACGGUGCUGAAGCCAGACAGUGUCUGCCUGUGUGUCAGCGAUGGCAGUCUGCUCUCCAUGCUGGCCUAUCACCUAGGGGCACAGCAGGUAUUUACAAUAGAGAGUUCAGCAGCUUCUCAAAGACUGAUGAAAAAAAUCUUCAAAGCUAACCACUUGGAAGACAAAAUUAAUAUAAUAGAGAAACGGCCUGAAUCUUUAACACCUGCAGACUUGGAGGGUAGAAAGGUCUCUCUUCUCCUCGGCGAGCCGUUCUUCACCACCAGCUUGCUGCCAUGGCACAACCUGUACUUCUGGUAUGUUCGGACUGCCGUGGACCAGCACCUGGGCCCUGGUGCUGUGGUGCUUCCCCAGGCUGCCUCGCUGCAUGCUGUGGUCGUGGAAUUCAGGGACCUGUGGCGGAUCCGGAGCCCCUGUGGUGACUGUGAAGGCUUUGAUGUCCACAUCAUGGAUGACAUGAUUAAGCGUGCCCUAGACUUCAGGGAGAGCAAGGAAGCCGAGCCCCACCCGCUGUGGGAGUACCCAUGCCGCCGCCUCUCUGAGCCCCAGCAUAUCCUGACCUUUGACUUUCGGCAGCCAGUUCCCCCUCGGCCUGUCCGAGCUGAGGGCUUCAUUGAGCUGAGGAGGCCUGGGAGGAGCCACGGCGUCGUCUUGUGGAUGGAGCACCACCUGACUCCGGACAGCACGGUCAGCACCGGCCUCCUGAAGCCUGGAGAGGACAAGGAAGACUGUUGCUGGAAUCCCCACUGCAAGCAGGCCGUGUACUUCUUGAGCACUACACCAGACCCUGGGGCGCCGCCAGGCAGCCCUCGGACAGUCAGCUAUGCUGUGGAGUUCCACCCUGGCACCGGAGACAUCACCAUGGAUUUCACACUCUCACACACCUUGGACACCUCAGAAGGUGAUCAGGACCUGCCACCUCAACACCAGGCUGCUGUUCAGAGGACUGGGAAGAGGCUGUCCCAGAGCAGUUCCUGAGACGCAGACCCAGGAAGCCGUCCGGAGAGGGAGCCAGGAGGUAUGGCCUUCUCCCCUGUGCCCCGCUUCUAGCAGAAGCUCCUCCCACCCCGCCAGAAGGCUGGGCCAGGUGCAGCCACCCAGCCCAGCCUUGCGUCGCUCCGGCAGGCCAGAGUCCCAGGAAGUCCCGGCCUUGCUUCUCCCCAUUCUCCAGGUGCCUUUUUGCCACGUCCUCCCAGUCCCAGAAUGAGGACAUGAGUAAGAAAACCCAGGUAGCCUGUUUUCCUGGCAGUUUUGUGGCGACAUCAGCCGUGCCCAUCUGUAGGG